AUGUUCACUAAACUCUUCCAGCAGUGGAGUUUCGCGGUGUUCCUGCUGAGUUAUUCUAUGCCCUCUUACGGCAGAUCAGUAGAGGGGAUCAGUCGCAGACUCAAACGGGCCGUAUCAGAGCACCAGCUAUUGCAUGACAAGGGCAAGUCAAUCCAAGAUUUACGAAGAAGAAUAUUCCUUCAAAAUUUAAUUGAAGGUGUCAACACUGCAGAAAUCCGCGCCACGUCGGAGGUGUCCCCUAACCCUAAGCCUGCUACCAACACGAAGAACUACCCUGUCCGAUUUGGCAGUGAAGAUGAGGGCAGAUACCUAACUCAGGAGACAAACAAAUCACAGACCUACAAGGAGCAGCCCCUGAAGGCGUCAGGGAAGAAAAAGAAAGCAAAGCCUGGAAAACGUAAAGAGCAAGAGAAGAAAAAGAGGAGAACCCGCUCAACUUGGCUAAAUUCUGGCGUCUAUGGAGACAUCGUGACUGAGAGCCCACUCUUGGACAACUCUGUUACUACACAUAAUCACACUUUAAGGAGGCGCUGACAUUUUCAGCAAGAGAUUUUCUGAAGACAUAUUGC